CUCUCGUGUCCAACGUACUUGCGAAUCUCAAGAUGGUAUGCUUAGGGCCACAAGCAAAUGACUUGCUAAUAUUCAUUGGUGCUGUAUCAUUGCAGCUGAUCUUUUCCGUGUUCAAAACACUCACUGACCAGAAGGUCACGGUCGAGUUGAAGAACGACCUCUCCAUCACUGGCGUACUGAAGUCCGUUGAUCAAUUCUUGAACAUCCGCCUCGAUAAAAUAGAGGUCUUUGACGAAGCAAGACAUCCUCAUAUGAUGGCAGUAAAGAAUUGCUUCAUCCGUGGCUCUGUCGUGCGCUACGUCCAGCUUCCUGCGGAGCAUGUCGACACGCAGUUAUUGGAGGACGCGACGAGGCGUGGUGCGUAA